ACGUAUCCAGUCUACUCUAGUCUCUCCACUCAGUGAUGCCGCGAUAGUGAUACACUAUGGAAGUGCUAAACGCGUCGCCCUCGCUCCGGCAGCGCGGCGUUAGUGCCAGUGAGAAUCAUGAGUUAAACCAGUGUCCCAGUGUCAUGUCUCCGGAAACCAAGCGGCUGCUCCCGCCAACUACGGAGACCAUCAUGACCAAACCCUUCCCCAUUAGAGGUGAAAGGGCGAACUAUGUGAACAUUCCCCAUGUGAUUGCCAUGGUGGGGCUCCCAGCGCGGGGGAAAACCUACAUCUCCAAGAAACUCUCCCGAUAUCUCAACUGGAUAGGAAUCAAUACAAGGGUAUUCAACCUGGGCGAAUACAGGCGGCACGCCACAACCGCAUACACGUCACACGAGUUCUUCAGAGCAGACAAUAAAGAAGCCAUGGCGAUUAGACAACAGUGCGCGCUCGACGCAUUAAAAGAUGUCUGCGAGUGGCUGGUCAAAGGGGGGGAGGUCGCGGUGUUCGACGCGACGAAUUCAACGCGGGAGCGCAGACGGAUGAUCCGCGACAUCGUAGUACACGAGAUGGGCUUCAAAUUAUUCUUCGUGGAGUCCAUCUGUGACGACCCCCGUAUCAUUGAGCAAAAUAUAAUGGAAGUAAAAGUGAGCAGCCCUGACUACACGAACAUACAGAACACAGACAACGUGUUGAACGACUUCCUACUGAGGAUCGAACACUACAAGGAGAAAUACGAGCCUUUAGAGGAGAACCUCGAGUCCGACUAUAGCUUUAUGAAGAUCUACGACACGGGAGAGAAGGUAAAAAAGGUAGUGGUGCAUAAACACGAAGGACACAUACAGAGUCGGAUAGUCUACUACCUGAUGAAUAUACACAUAGUACCACGGACCAUAUAUUUGACAAGGCACGGCGAAAGCUUGCACAACAUCGUAGGCCGCAUCGGCGGCGACAGCGCGCUCUCUCCCCGCGGCACGCAGUACGCGAACGCCUUAGCGCGCUACAUCGACGCGCAGGCCAUCCCCGGCCUGCGUGUGUGGACGUCGUGGAUGCGACGCGCCAUACAGACGGUUAAGGACGUCAAGGCGCCGCAGGAGCGGUGGAAGGCGCUCAACGAGAUAGAUGCUGGCAUCUGCGAAGAGAUGACCUACGCCGAGAUCCAAGAAAAGUACCCUUCAGACUUCAACGCGCGGGACGCGAACAAGUUCGCAUACAGAUACCCCCGGGGGGAAAGCUACGAAGACUUAGUGGCCAGACUCGAACCUGUUAUCAUGGAGUUGGAGAGACAGGGGAACGUGCUGGUGGUGUCACACCAGGCGGUCAUGCGGUGUCUACUAGCGUACUUCCUUGACAAAUCUGCCGAGGAGCUCCCCUACCUCCACGUGCCCCUGCACUCGGUCAUCAAACUAACCCCAGUAGCGUACGGCUGUCGCGAGGAACACGUCGCCCUGGCAGUAGACGCCGUCGACACGCACCGCCCCAAGCCGUCUGUGAUACCAGCGCCUCUAAUCGCAGCGCCAGUACCUCCGGUACUAAACGGGGAAUCGAACGGCGACGACGACCAGUGUGAAAAACAUUAAUAUUUUAUACAGGACUUUGGAAGUAGCGUCGAGUGUCUAGAGACUUCCAUUAAGAGUCC